UGUGGUGUAGGAGGACAGAUGAGCUUGUGGAUGGUCCCAACGCUUUUCACAUAACGCCAUCAGCUUUGGACCGGUGGGAGUCGAGGUUGGAGAAUCUUUUUGCAGCUCGUCCAUAUGACCUGUUUGAUGCUGCAUUAUCUGAUACCAUCUCAAAGUUCCCAGUUGACAUUCAGCCAUUGAAAGACAUGAUUGAAGGAAUGAGGAUGGACCUCAAGAAAUCAAGAUAUAGGAACUUUGAUGAACUCUAUCUCUACUGUUACUAUGUAGCUGGAACUGUUGGAUUAAUGAGUGUUCCAGUUAUGGGCAUCUCGCCGGAGUCCAAGGCAACGACAGAGAGUGUCUAUAAUGCAGCUUUGGCUUUAGGAAUUGCAAAUCAACUGACCAACAUACUUCGGGAUGUUAGAGACGAUGCAAGAAGAGGCAGAAUUUACCUACCACAAGAUGAGCUUGCACAAGCUGGUCUUUCAGAUCAAGAUGUAUUCAAUGGUAAGGUCACUGACAAGUGGAGAAACUUCAUGAAGAGCCAGAUUAAGAGGGCAAGGAUGUUCUUCAGUAAAGCAGAGAAUGCUGUGACUGAGCUCAAUCAAGCUAGUCGAUGGCCGGUAUGGGCUUCACUUUUAUUAUAUCGCCAAAUCCUUGAUGAGAUCGAAGCAAAUGAUUAUGAUAACUUCACAAAGAGGGCAUAUGUUAGCAAAGCUAAGAAGCUAAUGGCAUUGCCCAUUGCAUUCGGGCGAUCAUUAGUUAGCCCAUCAUCUAGAAAACAACCUAGUUUAGGAAAAGCUUGAAGGAAAGAAGGACAUAUUCAAAACAAGGAUAAGCUCUAAUACGUAGGUUCAUUUUGUAUAAUAUUCAAUGUGAGAAUGAUUUGUAAUUUGGCAAAAUUUAUUAAGUUUUUGUUGUCUAUGAUUUGUAUUUUUGGUCAGAUUACAAGAGAAUUGGAUGCUUAUUCUCCUUA